AUGUCCAUAACCGCCGAAGGCAUCUAUGCCGCACUUCCGUCCACCUCGAGAGGCUUGCCUACCCCUCUAAGCUCUGACUCUAAGGGCGAGCGCAUCGCGUACGCCGCCAACAAGUCUAUAUUUCUUCGGUCCAUCGACAAUCCUGCCAUAUCCACUCAGUAUACCCAGCACACAACCACCACCACUGUCGCCAGAUUUGCCCCCUCCGGCUUUUAUUGUGCCUCUGGGGAUGCCUCAGGUAUCGUUCGUGUUUGGGACUGCUCACCCAAUGGGUCGGGGGCGACGAAAGGGGAAUAUGCCAUCAUAGCAGGCCGGAUAAAUGAUAUCGCGUGGGACGGUGAUAGUCAACGUAUUAUAGCAGUGGGAGAUGGAAAACAACGUUAUGGACACUGCGUCACGGCAGACUCGGGCAACACGGUAGGAGAGAUAAGCGGGCACUCUGCACAGGUCAAUGCUGUCAGCAUAAGACAACAGAGACCCUUGCGAGCGGCUACCGGAGGCGAUGACAAGAACUUGGUCUUCUAUCACGGCGCUCCGUUCAAAUUCAAUGGCAUUCCUGGGCGAGGGAACCACACAAACUUCAUCUACGGGGUUGCCUUCUCACCUGACGGCAAUCACUUGCUCAGCGUCGGCGCGGACAAGAAGAUUUGUCUAUAUGACGGGAAAACUGGGGAGGUGAAGACGGAGGUCGCAGACAGCGCUGAAGGCCACAAAGGCAGUAUCUUUGGAGUCUCCUGGUCCAACGAUUCAAAGAACUUUGUGACUUGUUCCGGGGACCGGACCGUCAAGACCUGGGAUGUGGAAGCUGGGAAAGUCACCCAUACCUGGACUUUUGGCGACGCGAUGGCUGUUUCAGAUCAGCAAGUCGGCGUCGUAUGGCCCGCAGGCAGAUCAGAUGGAUUGAUUAUAUCUUUGUCCCUGAGCGGCGACCUCAACUAUCUGAACAGCGGCUCGAGUAAACCGUCCAAAGUUAUUUCAGGUCACCAGAAGAACAUCACGGCACUUACAUCUUCCGGGGAUGCUGAGAAUGCAACCUUAUGGACAGGCAGCUACGAGGGCCGACUAUGCUCCUGGGAUGCUGCCAACGGUACAGCGGAGACAAUCGAGGGGGAUGGUCCAACCAACAUCAUCUCCGGACUGGCUGCGGCGCCUUCUCGGAAGCAUCCUCAAGUCUUUUCGGUCAGUUGGGACGAUUCCUUGAGAACAGUCGACGCCGGAGCCAAGACGUUCACAGGAAAAUCGACCAAAUUAUCCUCGCAGCCAAAAGCUCUGACCUGCACGACGGAUUCUCUGGUUGUGGUAGCUCAACUAGAAAGCGUCAUUGUCUACAAAGAUGGGGAGGAGGACGGCGAGCUGCCCUUGAAAUCAACACCCACAUCUCUUGCAUCUCACGGUAGCACUGUUGCGAUCGGUUCUCAGGAUUCCAGUCUUCGCCUCUUCUCGGUUGUGCCAGGAAAGGCGCCCAAGCAGAUCGCGUUCGUCGAACAGGUGUCUGCUCACCCGCUAACAGCCAUAUCAUUCUCAAAUGAUGGCUCGAUGUUAGCAGCCGGCUCUGCGGCGGGAAAAAUCUACGUCUACAAGAUCAGCACUGGAAUCACAGGCCUUGUCACGGGGACCUCCUCGCUCGAGCUUGUGACCGAUCGGUGGAGUGCUCACACGGCGAAGAUCACCAGUAUCGCCUGGAAUCCAGAAGGUACAGGAGCGGCUUCUGGUAGCUUGGAUACCAAUAUCUUUGCUUGGAGUUUGAAGGAACCUGGUAAACGUGUGAAGGAGACGAAUGCGCAUAAGGAAGGGGUCAAUGGGCUGGUUUGGCUCGGAGACACGGUGUACAGCACAGGAGCUGACGCCACAGUCAAGAAGUGGAAGAUCAAGAUAGCUUAG